AACAUAGGAGUUAAUGAUGCAUCCUAAACAUUUCAUAGCUCAGAAUUGGCCUUCAAUUUAUCCCUUGUUGGUGAUCCUUGAGCUUGUCUGAAAUUAUCACCAUACCAACCCUCUAGAUCAGGGCCAUAAUCUUGGUCAUUUCACCAACAGAAAUAUGCACCUCCCUUGGUUAGUCAAAUAUCAAUUAGCAUCAACCAUCUUCAUUAUCAUUACCCUUACCAAAGUUACCUGCUUUUAUUUCAAUUUCCCUACCUUCCAAAAAGACAAUGAAUCUGAGUUAUUGCUGAGCAAGAAUUCACAAAUAUACUUCGAUGCCAUCCAAGUGACCCCAGAUAUUCGUGGUCCUAUACAAGAUUAUUCUGGACGCGCUUUCUACAAAAAGCCAUACAAACUUUGGAAUAAAAAGAAGAACCAAAUUGCUUCCUUCAACACCACUUUUGUGCUCAACAUCAAGCCUGAAACAACCCCUGGCGGAGAAGGCUUGGCUUUUAUCUUAACUUCAGAUACCACUCUCCCACAAAACAGUUCAGGAGAGUGGCUUGGUAUUGUAAAUGCUACUUCCAAUGGAACCUCACAAGCUGGAAUUCUAGCAGUGGAGUUUGACACAAGAAAGAGUUUCUCACAAGAUGGCCCUGACAACCAUGUUGGCGUCAACAUAAACAGCAUCAACUCCAUCCAACAGGUUCCACUAAUCAACACAGGGGUCAAUGUUUCAUCAGGUAUAAAUGUAACAUUCAAAAUUCAGUACUUGAAUGACACAAUAACGGUUUUUGGUUCGAUGACUGGUUUCGAAGAAUCUAUGGAGACCCUUUUGGUAUCUCCACCUCUUAAUCUAUCUUCCUAUCUCCAUGAAGUGGUUUACCUUGGUUUCUCAGCCUCAACAAGUAACUACACGGAGCUGAACUGUGUGAGAUCAUGGGAAUUCAGUGGUGUUGACAUUGCAGAUGAUGAUAAUAAAAGUCUCUUGUGGGUUUACAUCACUGUUCCAAUAGUGAUAGUUAUUGUUAUCAUAGGAGGGAUGGUGAUCUUUUUAUUGUGUUGGCAAAGGAAGCGCCAUAUGGAGAGGCCAGAAGAUGCAUAUCCAAGGAUAGAGGAUCAGAUUCAGUAUUCCUCUAUGGCUCCAAAGAAGUUUAAGCUAAGGGAAAUAACAAAAGCAACCGGUGGAUUCAGCCCUCAAAACAAGCUUGGAGAGGGUGGGUUUGGAACUGUGUAUAAGGGCCUAUUGGAAAACAAGGAGGUGGCUGUGAAGAGAGUCUCCAAGAACUCACGCCAAGGGAAGCAAGAAUUUGUGGCAGAAGUGACAACAAUUGGAAGCCUUCACCACAGGAAUUUGGUGAAACUCACUGGCUGGUGCUAUGAGAAAAGAGAGCUUCUCCUUGUGUAUGAGUUCAUGCCAAAGGGAAGCCUAGACAAGUACCUCUUUGGUGACAAAAAUUUUGGUAAUAACACCCUUGAAGAGGGGUAUUCUUUAACACUGAAUUGGGAAACAAGGCACAGUGUGAUUCAUGGUGUGGCUCAAGCAUUAGACUAUCUCCACAAUGGGUGUGAAAAGAGGGUGCUUCAUAGAGACAUCAAGGCCAGCAACAUAAUGUUGGACUCAGAUUACAAUGCCAAGUUGGGAGACUUUGGCUUGGCCAGAACCAUUCAGCAGAGAAAUGAAACACACCACUCUACAAAGGAGAUUGCAGGCACACCAGGGUACAUGGCUCCAGAGACCUUUCUCACAGGAAGAGCAACAGUGGAAACAGAUGUGUAUGCAUUUGGGGUUCUUGUUUUGGAGGUUGUGUGUGGAAGGAGGCCAGGGAGUGUGUACGCACAAGAUGACUACAAGAACAGCAUUGUGUAUUGGGUGUGGGACUUAUAUGGGAAGGGGAAAGUAGUUGGUGCUGUGGAUGCAAAGUUGAAGAAGGAGGAGAUUAAGGAGGAAGAAGUGGAGUGUGUUCUUGUUCUGGGCUUGGCAUGUUGCCAUCCAAACCCACACCAUAGACCAUCCAUGAGAACUGUUCUUCAGGUUCUGAAUGGGGAAGCAACCCCACCUGAGGUGCCUAAGGAAAGACCAGUUUUCAUGUGGCCUGCUAUGCCUCCAUCUUUCAAAGAAGCUGAAGAUUCUUCCCUCGUCCAGGGAACACUCGCCCCGUUCACUGAAAUCACUGGCAGAUGAUGAAAUUGUUUGUGUUGUGUUGACCAAAGCUAGGAACUAAUCAAGAUUGUCCUGGUUGUAGUUGGAGAUUUCGAAUCAUUCUUGCAUUCAUUGAUUUUAGCUUUUUCUAUUUAAAUGCGUGUGCAUAGUUGAUAAUUAUGUGUUGUAGCUUGAUAUAUAUAUGCACACAACAUUGUUUAAAUUUUAUGUCAUUCAAUCUUUGCAUGUAUAGAUCCUUUUGCAGCUAGAUGUAAAUGAUAUCUACCAUGUAUUAGAAAGACUUUUUUUUUUUACAUUA